GGACGAUCUUUCUUUCUGCUGCUCUUCUUUGCUCUUCCUCAUCCCCUCCCUAACUCGCCUGGGCCGCGGCAAGUUCCCGUCCCAACCAGCCAGGCCAGUUCUGCCACCCACUGACUGCCAGACAUGACACAAGAAUACGACAACAAAAGGCCUGUCUUGGUUCUUCAGAAUGAUACCCUCUAUUCCCAAAGGCGACCAUACACUAGUGAGGAUGAAGCCUGGAAAUCCUUUCUUGAAAACCCCCUUACAGCAGCUACCAAAGCCAUGAUGAGCAUCAACGGGGAUGAGGACAGUGCGGCUGCUUUGGGCCUCUUGUAUGACUACUACAAGGUUCCCCGGGAAAGGAGAACUUCUGCAGUGAAACCAGAUAUAGACCAGUCUGAUCAAGAUCAUGGGAAAAGGAACAGUAUGCCAAAUCUGACGGAACAGUCACUUAUUUCUGCUGGGGAGAACAGAGUGCAAGUCUUGAAAAACAUGCCUUUGAAUAUUGUCCUUCCACACAGUUCCCAAAUGGGCAUGGACAAAAGGGGCCACCUGACAACUCCAGAUACUACAGUCACGGUCUCCAUUGCCUCUAUGCCCACCCAUCCAAUCAAGACAGAAACUCAGUCGCAUAAUUUUACUGUGGGCAUUCCUCCAAAUGUCUAUCAUCCAGAAGCACCUGAGAGGGUGGUGACUUUAGAUCGGAGCCUCAACACUGACCAAUUUAGCACCAACAGCCAGCCUCAAAAUUCCCAGCGACGUACUCCUGAUUCCACCUUCUCAGAGUCUUUUAAAGAAGGUGUGCAAGAGGUUUUUUUCCCUUCUGAACUGAAUCUUCGGAUGGCCAAUGUGAAUUCUGAAGACUAUGUAUUUGAAAGCAUUACUGGGAACAACUUUGAAUAUACGUUGGAAGCUUCAAAAUCACUUCGGCAGAAGCCAGGAGAUAAUACGAUGACUUAUCUAAACAAGGGCCAGUUUUAUCCCAUUACGCUGAAGGAAAUUAGUGGUGCUGAAAGAAUCCAUCAACCCAUCAGUAAAGUUAGAAGUGUCAUCAUGGUUGUAUUUGCUGAGGACAAAAGCCGGGAGGAUCAGCUCAGGCACUGGAAGUACUGGCACUCCAGGCAACACACAGCUAAACAAAGGUGCAUUGACAUAGCUGAUUAUAAGGAGAGCUUUAACACCAUAAAUAAUAUUGAAGAGAUAGCCUAUAAUGCCAUCUCCUUCACUUGGGACAUUAAUGAUGAAGCAAAGGUCUUCAUUGCUGUGAACUGCCUUAGUACAGAUUUCUCCUCGCAGAAAGGUGUCAAAGGCCUCCCUCUGAAUCUUCAGAUUGACACCUACAGCUACAACAACAGAAGCAACAAACCCAUCCACAGAGCUUACUGCCAGAUUAAAGUCUUCUGUGACAAGGGAGCAGAAAGGAAAAUCCGGGAUGAAGAACGGAAACAGAGUAAAAGAAAAGGCAAAUGCAGUGACCCCAAUUCUCAGCUGAAUGCCUUUUCUGAUGUCAAAGUACCCAUGCUUCCCUCCCAUAAGCGAACAGAUAUCACCAUCUUCAAGCCAUUUAUGGAUCUUGAUACUCAGCCAGUUCUCUUCAUACCUGAUGUUCAUUAUUCAAAUAUUCAGCGUGGAGCUCAUAGUUUUACUGUUACAUCUGAUGAAAUGGAGGGAGAAGGGUCUACCAUGAAGAGGGGGGCUUACAUAAAUGAAGAUGAAUUUGCUGCUAGUCCAAUUAAGAUAUCCCGAAUAGAAGAACCAAAAAGAGUGUUGUUGUAUGUCCGGAAAGAAUCGGAAGAAGUAUUUGAUGCACUUAUGCUUAAAGUUCCAUCUCUGAAAGGUCUUAUGGAAGCUAUAUCUGACAAAUAUGAGGUCCCCUUGGACAAAAUAGGAAAAGUCUUCAAGAAAUGUAAAAAAGGUAUUUUAGUGAAUAUGGAUGAUAAUAUUGUGAAGCAUUAUUCCAAUGAAGACACCUUCCAGUUACAGAUAGAAGAAGCUGCUGGAUUUUACAAACUCACUCUUACUGAAAUCUGAAACCUAAUUUGUUGGGCUCCUUGUGGGAUCUUUCAGUGAAGGCUCUAAAUACAAAACCUCUUGUUUUUGUCCUCAGGAUGUAAAUGUGUUUUUAAGGAAGAAGUCAUUUUAUUCUUCCAAAGAAGAAUACCUUUUUUAAAAUAAAUAAAUAAGAAUUAUCAAUUGAUAAAUCAGGCCUUUUGGCUGCAACACUGCACUUGAAACAGAAGAACAGACAUUGAUUUUAUUUUAUUUUAAAAAAAUGAAAUUUGCAUAUAUAACCAAAGCACGAUUAAAAUGAACUUGUUAUAUUAUCAACACAUUCCCUUAUCCAUUAAAUAUGUGUGUAAGUUUCUUUAUCAGCUCAGAACCUCCAAACUCUUUGGUGCUCAUAGGAGUUUCAGAAAAGUGUAGGACUGGAUUGUUGUGAUGUUUACAGCUGCCCAGAGCAUAAGACUAUAAUUUUCUGCUACAAUUUCUUGUUUCUUGCUUUGUGAAGAACUUUCUUUAACUGUGUGUAGCCCACUGAUGAAAUAUAUGUAUAUAUAAGUGCAGUGUAUUUUGAAGGGUUGUAAAUGUGUACAUAGAUUAUAUUAUAUAUAAUGUUCAGGAUAUACAGUGGUAUGAUUAGAUAUCUAUGUGCGUGCAUAACACAAAGCAUAUGGUGAAGCCAACCUGAAAAGGCUAUAUGUAUAUAAAUAUAUCACUAAGAAAAGCAAUCUUGGUGCUAAAUUAAAUUUUUGUUGAGCAUAUUCAAUCUCUUGUAAGGGAAAAUAGGUAAAAGGACAUUUUUGCAUACUUUAUUUAAUUUCUUUUUAUUAUGACAUGAAACUAGCUCAUCUACCCAAUGAUCAUAGUUAAAGAAGCAUUAAGCAUCAAAACUGGUUAUUAGUGACUUUGGGCUUCAAUUCUCACUGCAAUUUCAAACACUCUUAUUUUCUUUGUUCCAAAAUGUAGGUACCUACCAUUUUAAUACAUGAAACAGAGAUUGUUUUCUCACCAUUUUCCAUUAUAAAUUAGAGUCCAUUUGCAAAGUUUAUGGCACAGAUGCUUCCAAAAAUAAGCUCUGCAAGCUGCUAGCAAACAAUAGUGCUGGUUCAUUUAACAGGUUAGGGUCAUUAUGUAGUUUGUUUUGUGCAGGGAUUUCCAAGCUGUGCAAAGCCCAAAAUGGCAGUUUAAGAAGAUUGUAAUUUAGUCAACAAAAAGUUAUUACACAAAACAUAACUUAAGACAAUAUGUGAGCCAGACAGCAUAAUGGGAUUCCUAAUGGAGUCCUAGUUGCACAGGUAUGAAAUGAAUUCAGUAUAUGUUUUGAGGCGAAACUGAUGUAGCCAAUCAGGAGACACACAUUAUCUACUACAACUAGCCAACAGAAUACUUGUUAUUUCUUUUUAUUUGGGCUACAUGUUUAUUUUGCAAUAUUAUUGAAAGUAUUGAUCAUGAUAUCUAUGAAUAUCCUAAGCCAAGAUAUUUGACACAAUGCUUUCUCCAUACAACCUGCCUGUACACUAUAUAAUAUGUGACCUUACACUUACUCUAGAUUCCUUAUGGUCAGACUCCUACUUUAUUUAAUAUGGUUAGGUUUGUAUAUUGCUUUUAUUAAUCAUUUUGAAUGUCUUUUAUAGGGCUCAAAAAUAUUUUGUGCAAAUAUAGACAAUAGCAGAGAGAGAAAAACAUCCACACGAAGCCCAUUUCAAAAUGGCACUCAAAUGAUAAACCUGCAUUGUUGGCUGGCUCAUGACUUUUCUGUCACAGCCUUCCCCAACCUCCCGACAUGUUGGCUAGGAUAAUGCAACAGGCUAGCACAAAGUUUUGUCUGGAAUUUUGAACACUUAGACUCUUUGCUAUUUGAUUCCUUUAUCUAUUGUGUGCAGUUCUUAUUACCACUAUUAUUAUUAUAAUUAUUAUUAGUAUUAUGUAUAUUGCAUAGCAAUAGAAUCCUGAGAAAUGUUGAACAGAUUGUAUAUGUUGAAGCAAACCCAAAGAGAAUCCUUCCUAAAAGAAAAAUCUAAUAAUUUUAAUAAACUCUAGUAACUGUAAAUAGUCAUGCAUUUACAGAUUAAAGAUUAAAUAGAUCUUGUUGACGAAAACUAGCAAGUUUCUGAAUAUACUGUCAUUAAUAAUUCAGAAUUGGAAGGAAUAUAUUAUAUCAAGAGAAUUUUUGUAUCUGUAAACAUGCAUGACAAUUUGUCAUUUGUAGAAAAUUGAGGUUUUGCUACAGAUAAAAAUGAGUAAAUAUAAGAUGUUUCUCUAUUAAGAAUGAAUGCACUCAUGGUUAUAUUUAUAUGUAAUGUAUGAAUUAAACUGUUGAUUUAUUUUGUGGGACAUGGGGCUUUUAACCAUAGCCAUACUUGUAGAGUUCAAUGGAAGUGAUUUUGCCCAUGUUUGCUUUUAUGUGUCUGUGUAAUUGAACAUUUGCUGUAAGGCAAGAGCAAUUAAAUUUUAUAUGUCCAUUUGUAAUCAUUCAGU